CCUUCCCGCCUCCCGCCGGCCCUCUCGCGAUGUUGCUAAGGGGCCUGCGAGACUGGGCGGCGGGCGCCGCCGGUUGCUAAGGGCCGCCGCCCGGGGAAACGCGCGGCCGCCGCGACGGGGAGGACGGCGGCCGCCGCCGCCGCCGCCUCAAGAUGUCUCACUUUACAAGUGAAGAUGAAGCUCUGUUACAGUCUAUGCUUAGACAGUUGCUGCAGAGUGUGAAGGAAAAAAUCACUGGAGCCCCAUCAGUAGAAUGUGCAGAAGAGAUUCUCUUGCAUUUGGAGGAAACAGAUGAGAAUUUUCACAACUAUGAGUUUGUGAAAUACCUUAGACAAUAUAUAAAUAAUACUGUGGGAUCUGUGAUUGAAGAAGAAACAGAAAAAUGUACUUCUGCUCAAAAUCAGGGUGAAGUAUCUGGCUAUGACACGCUUGUCCAACAUGUUACUAAGAAGACCCGUGAAUCAAAAGAAUACAGAGAAAUGAUGCAUGCCUUGAAGAAUGUCAUGAUGGUUGUGGUAGAAUCUUUGAUUAACAAGUUUGAAGAAGAUCGGAUGCGUAAUAAGGAGCUGGAUGGUAAAACAAAGAACGAACGUCAGAGUGGCUAUUACACAGACAACUGUUCUGACAGUGACUCCUCAUUCAACCAAAGUUACGCGUUCAUGAGUCAAGAACAAUUGCAGCUGCUUGCAGAAAGGCUUGACCCUGUUCAGCCUAAGGAAGUUCGCCAGGAAGCAUUGCAGACACUGUGCUUUGCCCCUCCCUCUGAUAUACUGAACUCUGAGAGUUGGCCAAAUCUGCGUAAGCAUCUAACGAUGUCUCUGUCAGAUCCUGAUGCAACAUUCAGUGAGAAAAUUCUUAGGUUCUAUGCAAAAACAUUUUCUUCUUCUCCAUUUAAUAUGACAAGAGAAGUCUAUACAAGUUUAGCAAGACACUUGGAGUUGUACUUUCUUUCUGGAGAAUAUUCUCUUCGUAUUUCAGCUGGUCUGGAUGUAUCUAACACAGACAUAAAUCGUUUACUUAAAAAGGUCCGCCUUUUAAAUGAGUACCAAAAGGAAGCUCCAUCUUUCUGGAUACGUCAUCCAGAAAAGUACAUGGAAGAAGUAGUGGAGAGUACAUUGUCACUUUUGUCAGUAAAACACGAGCCUAAUCAUCCUGCCUCUCCAGAUUUUCUGAGUCCAGUCUACUUCUUGGCUCUGCUAGAUAUCAAAGCAGUAUGGUUUAAAAAGUGGACGCAUGCGUAUUACAGCAGAACAGUGGUAUUUAGGCUUUUGGAAAAGAAGUAUAAAUCUUUGAUUAAUGCAGCUGUCCAGCAAUGUCUUGAUUAUUUUGAAUUUUGCAAGGCAGCACUUAAUAAAAAUUCCAGAGUCAGUGAUUUCCCCCAGCAGCAUUGUAGUGAUAACCAGAACUUUUCUUACACUGGACCAGAAUUGCAGUACGUCUAUUUUGUUCAUUCACUGUGCCUUCUAGGAAGAUUGUUGAUCUAUAAGCAAGGCCGAAAUCUCUUUCCAGUACAGCUGAAAAAUAAAAAAGAUGGUGUAUCCAUAACCGAUAUGUUGGUAUUAUUUAUUCAGCUUAUUUAUUACUCUCCAAGUUACCCAAAGACAGCUUUGGCAGUGCAUACAGACAAUUAUUCUCCAGCAAGUCUUGUUAUGGAGAUUCUGCAAGUUUUUUGUGAUCAAACAGGAUGUGCUGCUGAAUGUUUAUAUACGGAUGCAGUGAUAGAUGCCCUACUUCAUCCUGUUCAGAGUUUACUGAGUGGCACAGAGAUGUAUAUAAAUUGUCUUGAAACCACUUUAAUUGAUGUAGCUGAUAUUUUGGCAAGGAUUGCUGCUGUAGAAGAUGGUCUUUCUCUUCUUCUUUAUGGAGAAAAUGAAAAAACUGCCAAAGAUGAUAGUCCUACAGCUGUUCAUGUAAUUGUUCAGUUUACAAAGAAACUUCUUCAUGACGACAUUUCUCUCUUAUCUGGAUCCGAGCAUUUGCCAGUUGUUAAAGGAGCUUUCAUUUUUGUAUGUCGUCAGAUGUACAGAACUUGUGAAGGCCUGCAGAUGCUGAUUCCUUAUGGCUUGCAUGAAUCUAUUGGAGAGGCCUGGAAAAAGACAAGUUUGCUUUCAGAAAGAGUACCCACUCCUGUAACUGGUGCGGACUCAACUUCAUCAAUAAGUCUAGAGUCAAAAACGAUUUUGUUAUGGGAAGAGACUUUGUUAGAUGCCUUGCUAAAUUUUUCUGUCACACCCAAAGGACUAUUUCUGCUUCAUAGUACAGGUGCUAUGAAUGACUGUGUGAACUUUAUGUUCAGCAGUUUAUCAAAAAAACUCCAGACAAAUGAAUAUGAAGAGUUUGGUAAUAGAGUGAUUGUUACACAAAUGGCAACAACACCAACAGGUGCAGUAGCUCUGCAGAGUUCAGGCUUUAUAAAGGCACUUGUAACUGAAUUGUGGGCUCUUUUGGAGUGUGGAAAAGAUGAUUUGAGGAUAACCCAACCCAAAUCUACUCCAGUUGACCCUAUUGACCAAAACUGUCAGAAGUCUUUUCUGUCUCUGAUAAACUUGCUCACUUACCCUGCAGUUUUUGAGCUCCUGAGUAAACAAGAUAUACCAAACAAACCAAUGUAUUCACUUCGCGAAGUACCUACAGAUAUUAUUGAUAUCAUUGACAGGCUUAUAAUUUUGAAUUCAGAUGCUAAAAUUCAUUCCUUAUUCAGUUAUGAACAAUCACAUAUCUUUGGUCUCAGGUUGUUAAACGUGCUGUGCUGUGAGCUCAAUACCCUUUUACUCUUGGAGACUCAGUAUAAAGUGUCACAAGUUUUACUAACUGCUCAGGAGGAAAAUGUCACAGAAACUUCGGAAGGACCAGGAGAUUUUAUAAUUGAUGGUCUAUCAGUGGAGAGAAACCAUGUUCUUGUAAGGAUAAAUCUGAUUGGAGGACCACAGGAAAGGAUUUUGCCUUUGAGAGUACUAAAUAAGGGCAGUGAUCCAUAUCCUUGGCCAAUGUUUUCAUCGUUCCCUUUGCCAAAGUGCUAUCUUGCAGAAAUUCCUAGGAAAGCUGAAUUCAGACAAGAUAAAGAUCUUGACAAGCUCUUAUCACUCUUUAAAAGUCCAGAGAAGCAAACUGGGUGGACAGAAAUUUGUAGAAAACAGUUCUGCAAAGUCAUGAAAGCCAGACCAGAUAUCAUCAGUGGAACAAUUUUGGCAGAAUUAAUUGAAAAGUUCGUGUCACAUCUUUCUGAAAGCCAAUCGGAUUGUUAUUUCAGCACAGGAAAUUAUGAAGCCAUGGAUGCAGAUGUGAAGAGUGAAAGCCUUUCAUCUGUGCAGCAGCUUGGUGUUGAAAUGACAGUCAGAUAUGGAAAAUACCUAAACUUGCUAAAAGAACAUGCUGAAAAUGGGCUGUGCUUUGUGUUAAUGAACUGUGAGAAAUUUCUGAAAAAACAGCAAAGAACUGUGGUAUCCUCGCUUUGCUGCUUGAGGGAGCGCUAUGCUGGCUACGACUGGUUUGCAUCUUCUGUCUUCCUCAUAAUGUCAGGGGACGGGGAGAAGACACUGAUGUUUCUUCAGCGAUUUUCACGUCUUCUUGUUUCAGCAUUUCUCUGGCUACCAAGACUGCAUAUAUCUAUGCACCUGCCUAUUACCACAGUGGAAUCUGGCAUCCAUCCAGUCUAUUUUUGCAGUGCUCAUCACAUUGAAAUGUUGCUGAAAGCUGAGUUGCCACUUGUCUUUUCAGCCUUCCACAUGUCUGGUUUCACUCCAUCCCAGAUUUGUCUGCAAUGGAUAACUCAGUGUUUCUGGAAUUACAUGGACUGGAGCGAGAUCUGUCACUACAUUGCUAUAUGUAUUUUCCUUGGUCCUGAUUAUCAAAUAUAUAUGUGUAUUUCUGUGUUCAGACACCUACAGCAAGACAUCCUGAAGCACAGCGAAGACCAAGAUCUCCAGGUUUUUCUUAAAGAAGAAGCACUCCAUGGUUUUCGAGUGAGUGAUUAUUUAGAAUACAUGGAAAGCUUGGAGGCAAUCUACAGACCUAUGCUGCUGAAAGACAUGAGGAGCAUAAGAGUGCAGAAUACAUAGAUGAAGCAAACAAGCACUUUAUUUUCUAGUUUUGGUUACAUCUUUUAAAAGGAUGAUGAUUGAUUGAUAUGUCAGUCUCACCUAAAAUAAGUCAUGCUGUGUAAAUGUACAUGUUGUAAAAUAAGUAAGAAGGGUUUUCAGAAUAUAGUUUUUGCAAAAGGACUUAAUCUAAGUUUGAUGACCUAAAAUACCACAUUUUUCCAGACAGGCUAUAUGCACAGCCUCAUUUUCCGUUAGCAGCUUCAGAACCCACUUGUAGGAUGUGCUGAAGUGUCUUCCUUAGAACAUAAGUCUUCCUUAUAAAGCCUUGAACCUGUUCCCAACUCAUUGCAUUAUUGUCAUCUCCUUGUAGCAGAGUCCUAAAACCUGCAUAUUCUGAUAGGGUCUGACAAAGUGAUUUUUCUUAGAAACAACUCCUGGUGUAUAUUCAUAUGCAUGAAAAGUCAGCAAAUGAAAAACAAAUUCCCUCUGCGCAGCUGUUCUGACUUUGUGGAUAAAGUUGAGAAAAUGGGGUGUUCAAACACAUGCAAUGAAAAAAGACUGAUAUUCCUGUCCUUUUUUUUUUUUUUUUUUAAUAAAUAAUUUUAUGUCAUAAAACAUCUGUUUGUAACAUACAGUCUCUAUCUGCAUAAGUGAAUGAGAAGUCCUUGAGUGGCCUAGUUUUCAUAUCUCUGGAAAAUUACCGUUUUUAAAGAUUCUGGUUUCAUUCAGACAGGAAAACUAAUAAGAAGCUUCAUCUGUGCUUGCCUUUCAUCAUCAAUGAAAAGCAAGAAUUAAGGCUGCUAGAUAUUUUCUAACACCAGUGCAGUGUAAGUAAAACUUCAACAUUGUUGAAGUUGACUGAAAUUCCCAAUUUCAAAAGAAACAUGGUUUUCUUGAGGAGUGCUGCAUCCCAUUUGCUGUAAGGAUAGGUUUUAGGUGACAGUCAGUGGGCAGCUAAGGAAACAUUCUAGCAGCUUUCUUUUCCAUAUUAUAUUAUAUCAUUGUUUAAUAUAAUUUAAAAAAUCAAUAUAUAUUUGUGCACCAGUUAAUAGUUGUUUUUUGAAUCCAAAUUUCAAAACACUGCGCAUGAUGUUGAGUCAAUAAAUAAUACUCAAGUAGAUGACAACAUCGUCCUAAAAUGAAUACUACAGUUGGCUUGUCAAAAAUUAAUAAAUGCAUUUCUAUUUGAUUGAAAUUAUGGCUGAUAAAAUGAUAGUUACUGGCAAGCAGGAGGCCUUCCCCCAGUAUUUGCAAGUAAUCAAAGGAUGUAAAUGGCAAAUGACAAGGUAUUAUCCUGUGGCCAUUUAAUAUUUUUCAUACAGUCAGAUCUGCAUCAAAAUUUCCAAAAAAGAAAAUAUCAUGCAGAAAUGUAACCUUUACAAUGCCCCCAUGAGGUUAGAUGAAAAGUAGACAUUUAUGAUGAUAGCCUAGUAACUGCAGAAAUUCAUAGUCACAUGGAAAGAAAAUCUGAAAUUAGAACAGUUAUUAAAAUUUGUUAUACUAAUGUCUUGAAAUGGAAGAGCAUCUUUUUAUUAGGACUUCUAUUCUUUCUUAGGAUUUCAGUUUCAUUUCAGCCAAAGUAAUAGUUGUACCACUUCAAUUUAGAGUGACAUGCCCUGUUCCUGCAAUUACCUUUAAAGAGAUUUUUGGUCUUGAUAAUUAUUCUGCAUAGGAAGUUGGUAAAUUGCCCUGUGCAUUGUAAUACCAGACUCUUAGUACCUUGAUGAUUCCAAUGACAUUGCUGCUUUAUCAAAUGAAACAGGAUUCAGCUUCUCUAGCAAAAAAUUACUUAUCAUCUGUAUUCUUACAGGAAGAAGUCUUUAUACUGUGAAGUGUAGGUAGCCAGCAUAAUUGGUCAAGUCCCUGCUGUAACUAGUUUAGUAACUAAGCAGUAUAAAUUCCACAAAUGCAUCCUGUGUAUGUAGGCAACAUUACCAGAUGAUUUUACAUAGUGAAAGUUAAGCAUUGAGUAGUUCUUUAUUUGGUUAAAGAAGUAGGGAAAAUACUAUGUUUUAUCAACACCUGCAAUAACAUUUUCUUUACAGAAUGUCUGGAAUCUCAAAAUAUUUUGAUUAGAAUUUGUGAUAUAAAACAUUUAUUGUAAGUCCAACAGAAACCACAAAUGUUGAAUUUAGACUUACCCAAUAUCAUUGCCGCAUUCCUGUGAGACAAAUUAAGCAUUACUGCAAAGUUCUUGAAAAACAACUUCACUAAAUAAAAUGAAUGUGUGAGCACACACACAAAUUCAAAUUAUAAAAUAUGUUAGAAGCUGCAGUGAAAUUUCUGUCAUUAUAUGCAACCUAAGAGUGAACACUGACAAAGGUUUCGCCGCUAAUUUCUAUCUUCCUGACUGUGCAUUUCAUAAGUUCAUGGGUUUAGCUUUUUUUCCUGUCUAGAAAAAAAAUGUUUUAAAUAUUUUUGGACUUUUGUGAACUGUGUUGGCUCACCUACAUUAAUAAAAGAGGCUGGCAUGUAUGAGGAAAGAAUUAUGACAACUGAUGGAACCAAGUAUUUGCCUGACACCAGGGUCAAAGAAUGCUAAGACUCCCAUAAAGUCUGUUAUUUUAACCUUAA